AUGGUUAAGACAGUCAUUAAAAAUCUCUAUCACUGGUCUGAAAUGAUAACUGGUACACAUGGUAAGUUGCUUCACAAGAGCUCAGAUUGGAUUGAGAGAUAUCAUAGCCAUGCGGGUGGGGAAUGUCCCUUUGUUUUGCCAAAAGAGCAGUAUGGAGGCCUAAAUUUAGGUGGUCUGAUCCUUGGCAAUGGAGUUAAGCAUCAAGAUCAUUGCUCGUUGGUGAUAAGUUUGUAUGUUCUCCCAGUUGGUGCUGUGUUUAUCUUCCAUGAAGUUCUUCUUGAAGGUGGUUUGUUUGGAAAUUUUCUUUUUGGACUGAGUAAUUAUAAUUCUAUAUGGCGUACUGCGAUUCUAUAUGAUGAGUUUACCAGUGUUGGAGAUCAUGUUGAUUGUGGAAGUAGUGAAGACGAGAAGUCUCUUUUCCAAGAUACCGAGAGUUCAACAAAGAGGCUUAGGUUAUGGGAUAAGAUGGCUAUAUGCUUUAGUGGUGGAACCUCAUUUCCUGCUCUAUGGAAUUAUUGUGCUGUUGAGCUUGAUCUCAACUAUGGGUUUGUUCAUUUAGCCACUGUACUCGAACUGUACAGAAAUGGUAUUUUGGAAGAGAGCAAGUCAGUAAGCAUUUCUGAAAACCUUUUGGACAAUCUGUGGGAUGGUUUGUACAAAAUUCAGCAAGGAGUUACCAGCAAUGAAUACAUUUGUGCCUCCACAACUCAAUGUUCAGGUUGGAGAGCAAGGAAGCUGAAAGCAUGGCCUGAAUCGGUGUCUAGUUUUGAAGGAGGAACAAUCUGUCAUAGAAAAAUAGUUGUUGUUGUGAUAUUUGAUGAGAAGAACUUUAUUUGGUUGAUUGCUUGGCGCAGUUAG